AUGAACGCCAACAGCAAUGACGAACUGGGUGCCAACGGCACCACUGCAGCCUACCUCUUCAAGAACAAUGAUGAUCUGGGCUCAUUAAACGAUGACUAUGGCCUUGCUGAUCUAGACAAUGAGUUCAACAGUAUCGAUGGCGGCAACAACAACAACAUCAACAACACUGCCAACGAUAACAACAAUAGCAAUCAAUCAAAUGCUAUCAAUAUCAAUAACAACAAUAUGUUCCUCAAGCAACAGCAGCAGCAUCAGCAGCAGGAUACAUCAACUGAUGAUGUACAACAACAUCAACAAUCAAUGAGUACUCCUCCACAUAGUACUAUAUCACCAACAUCAGAUAACAAACAACUACAACAACAACAACAACAUAAUAUUUAUACAAAUACACCUCCACAGCAACAACAACAACAACAUACUCCCACUACUACUACUACUAUUGUAUCAACUAGUUCACCAUCACCUACACUUUCCUCAACAACAAACAACACAUACAUAGCUCAGCAACAACCUUCACCAAUACCUCAACAACAUCAACAACAACAGCAUCUGCUACCAAAUGCAACAGGCUCACCAUCUCAACAACAACAACCUCAGACACCGACCACGCCUCAAGUAUCCACGCCGAUCACUUCGACACCAACACAACAACCAACAUUCUCUCAAUACCCACAGUACUCUCAGCCGCCUCCUCAGCUCCCAGUGCCUCUGCCCGUUCAGCAGCCACAGGCAAAGCCCAUGCCAGUGCCCGUGCCAGUGCCCGUGCAGCAACAGCCGCAACAGCCCCAACAGCAGACGCAGGGUAUCUAUGCUCCGGUACCAAUCCAAACACCGCCACAGCAGAGUCAGCAACCACAGCAGCCUCAGAACAUCCCACCAAUGCCUACACAGCAGCCGAUGCAAAAGAUGAUGGGCACACCAAUGAGCGCGGUCGUUGGAUCACCCGCACAACCCGUGCCACACUCACCUGGCGUGCAGAACAUCAAUCAGCUGGUCAAUAGCAAUCUGCAGUACCUCCAACAGCAACAACAUCAGCAACAGCAGCAACAGCAACAGCAAGCGAGAAUGCAGAUGCCCCAGCAGGUACAGGUGCAACAGCAACCAACGGGCGUGCCAGCCAUGCAUCAGGCCGCCUUCCAGACCCCUCCCAACGCGUUGCCGCCUCAGCUACAGCAGUACCAACCCAGUCAGAUACCUCAGACAUUGACAGCGGGCGGCAUGUCCUUUGGACAGCCUCAGCAUCUCGGCACGCCACAGAUCGCCCAACACAUCCAACAGAUAUAUACGACGCAGCAACAGCAAAUUCAGUUGCAACAACAACAACAACAACAACAACAGCCUGGCGUUGGACAGAUCAAUCCGCAGAUGCAACAAUCACUGCAACCGGGUCAGCUGCAACAGGGUCUGCAACAAGGCAUGCAACAGGGCAUGCAGCAGGGUCAACCUCAGAUCCCACCACAGUUCCAGCAACAACAUCAACUGCAGCAACAGCAACAACAUCAACUACAACAACAACAACAAAACAACAGAACUUUCGCACAGGCACCCUCUGCCCUGCCUCUGCCCUCUUCGUUGACACAGGGCAACAACAAUGUAGUCCAACAACCACCCGCCUUCCAGACUCCAGCCACGAUGGCAGGAGGCGUUAUUCAGCAGCAGCAGCAGCCACAACCGAUGAUCCAUCAAGCCAAGACAUAUCCACAGCAACAGCUUCCACUUCAGCAACAGCAACAACCACUUCAGCCACAGACAAUGAUGGCCAAGCCCCCUCAGAUGAUACCAAUGGGCGGUGGCUACCAGAUGGUGCCACCGGGCACCGCGCCAAUGCCAUUCCCCAUGCAGCCAACAUCAAUGCCGAUGCAGCCAAUGUUUGCUCAACCUCCACCACAGCUUCAGCAUCCUCAUCUGCCGCCUCAGCAACAGCAGCCACAACUACCACCGCCACAGACUCAUCAGCAGCCACAUUCGACAAGCGCACCUGAGGAGAGCUCAAAGAAGAAGAGAAAGACUGAUAACAAGAAGGAUAAGGAAAGCGAGUUACUUAAAAAGAAAUACACAGAGGCAUUGAAUGAGAGAAAGAUGGCCACUGAUCCAGACUACAAAACAUCAUUCCAGUCGAUGGAUGAUGUUAAGCAACGAUUGGGAUGCUUCCAGGUGUUCUCGACGAUUGAACAGAACAUGGUGUCAGAGGAGAAGUGCAAGUUGCUGCGGGCAGAGACAUUGGCCAACGUCAACAAGUUCAUCCAAUCGAUACACAAAUUCUCGGAGAAGCAGAUCAAGGAGUCGUCUGGCUAUCGUGAUGAGUUCAUCGUGCUCGACAGACUGUUGCUACGCGACUGGACCGAGUAUAUUCAAUUACGCAAUCAAGCUAGAAUGCAAGAACAACAACUACUACUGCAACAACAACAACAAAAACAACAACAAGCCAAUCAACUACAACUACAACAACAACAACAACAACAACCUGGUGGAGCAUUCCCCAAUGUACAUUCGACACCUCUGUUACCAAAUGGAAUGAACAACUCCACUCCUCCUUCACUCACUGGCGCAGCGAACUCCUCGCAGCCUCCACCACAAUCUCAACCGCCACUACAACUCCAGACCUCUCCGUCAGUGACUGCGGCUACACCGUCCACCACGAUCCAGGCAGCAACAGUCCAACAACAUUGA